AUUAAAGGUGAACCCAUCUAUAUAUAGAUGCCCGCAGUAUUUAGCAAGUUUUGUUCGUGCUUCCUAUUAAUUGUGUGUAUCAUUCAUGCUCAAUUGGUUUACGUUGACGUGCUUUUACUGCACAGACUUUCCUGCUAUAUAAAUAAACUCGAUCCCCAUCUUUUCUACCACGACACCGCCUGCCCUUUCCCCGUGUGCUUUUAUUUGUUAGACCGAUGACCGGAAGUGGAAGCUCUCUGCACCGCCGGCGACUUGACAGCGGUGCGUCCAGGCGGCGGAGAGGCACGCACAACACGCAGGCUGUGCACACACACACACAAAGAAAGGCUCGGUAUGUCGGAUGAAGAUUCCCGUACCAGCAGCAGCUCUUCGUCGUCCACUCAGCAUCAGCAUCAUCAUCAGCAGCAGGAGGAAGAGAACGCCGCGAAGAAACGAGACAGCAAAGCCAGCAUGAACAAGACCUCCAAGCUCCUCUCCACCAGCGCUAAAAGGAUUCAGAAGGAACUGGCCGACAUCACGUUGGAUCCGCCGCCAAACUGCAGCGCCGGCCCCAAAGGAGACAACGUCUACGAGUGGAGGUCGACCAUCCUGGGCCCCCCCGGCUCCGUGUACGAGGGGGGGGUGUUUUUCCUGGACAUCGCCUUCACCCCAGACUACCCCUUCAAGCCCCCCAAGGUGACGUUCCGCACGAGGAUCUACCACUGCAACAUCAACAGCCAGGGCGUGAUCUGCCUGGACAUCCUGAAGGACAACUGGAGUCCCGCCCUCACCAUCUCCAAGGUGCUGCUGUCCAUCUGCUCCCUGCUCACUGACUGCAACCCCGCGGACCCUCUGGUGGGGAGCAUCGCCACGCAGUACACAACAAACAGGCCCGAGCACGACAGGAUAGCCAAGCAGUGGACCAAGCGCUACGCCACAUAGCCCCCCAGCGCAGGUGCUGAUUGGACGACUCGGGGAUGUGGGGGCGUCGUACGGUUCCUGGCAGCGGCGGGGGGGGGGGGAUUUUUAUCUGGGGAUUGGAAGUCCUUAACUCCUGAACUUAAAUUUUUUUUUUUUAGUUAUCUCCAGCCCAAAUAAUCAAAUUGGGCAAUUAUGCAUUUAGUGUUUUCUCCUUUUGAAUUUUUAUCUCUUGCUUUUGAAGAUGGACAUUAAUAUUAAACCUGCUAGAUUCCCAGUCAUUAGGGUGCAGUUGGUGUUUGCCUGACCCUGAAAAGCUAUUUAACACACGUAGACAUGUUUAGGUAUUAAUUGUGAUUUGGGUUCUGUACCGAUAAUAAAGCUGGUCCGUUUUCUCCCUUAAGAAUUAAACAUGACCAACUGAA